UCCGGGGCGCCUGAACUCGUGGGCCAGGCGCGAGGCCACCGGGCAGACCCCAGCCCUGACCCCGCCGCCGGCCGCCGCCAGCUGGUGGCCUUCUGAACACGGUACUGUCCAGCUGGACUCAUUUGCCAGGGUUCCUGGCCUCGGGGUUGGGGGGCGCCUUGGCCUGCAUUUGAGACCCUGAGCCCUGGAGAGAGGCCCCCAGCGUCACAUCCCCCCUAGGAAGGGAUCCUGGGAGCGGCCGCAGAAAGAUGCCUGCGCCUGGCUUUUCAAACGCUUUCCCAAAGGCCCAGGCCCUUUCGGAGGAACGGUUCCCUUUUGCAGAGAAGGAAAGAGGGAUCCUUCUAGAAAAUGCCCCUAAAGGAAAAUUCCGCUGGUCUCAUACAUCAGGAGUUCUGCCACGUGACUUGCAAAGCUGCCUGGAAAGGUUUUCUGAGACCGAAACUCUUCUCAGUCAAAUGAGGAACCAAAAGCAGAAGUCACCCCUCAGGACGUGGUUUGGCAACUGGAGGAGGGCUCCCCUCUCCCCCCACCACCCCUCUGAGUGCCUGUCUUGGCCUGCGGGCCACACCAUGGCCUCCUGUUCUGUUCUGGGAGAUGAUUGGUGAGGAGCAUGGGAUCGACGCGGCUGGGAGUGACCGCGGAGCCUCGGCCUUGCAGCUGGAGAGAAUCAGCGUAUACUACAACGAAGCCUACGGUAGGAAAUAUGUGCCCCGAGCAGUCUUGGUGGACCUAGAACCUGGGAUGAUGGACAGCAUUCGAUCUAGCAAAUUAGGAGCCCUCUUUCAACCCAACAGUUUUGUCCAUGGUAACUUUGGGGCUGGCAACAACUGGGCCAAAGGCCGUUACACAGAGGGAGCUGAGCUGAUCGAGAAUGUCCUGGAGGUGGUGAGGCACGAGAGCGAGAGCUGUGACUGCCUGCAGGGCUUCCAGAUCGUCCACUCCCUGGGCGGGGGCACAGGCUCCGGGAUGGGCACUCUGCUCAUGAACAAGAUCAGAGAGGACUACCCGGACCGGAUCAUGAAUUCCUUCAGUGUCAUGCCUUCCCCCAAGGUGUCGGACACAGUGGUGGAGCCCUACAACGCGGUCUUGUCUAUCCACCAGCUGAUUGAGAAUGCAGAUGCCUGUUUCUGCAUUGACAAUGAGGCCCUCUACGACAUCUGCUUCCGUACCCUGAAGCUGACAACACCCACCUACGGGGAUCUCAACCACCUGGUGUCCUUGACCAUGAGCGGCAUAACGACCUCCCUCCGGUUCCCGGGUCAGCUCAACGCAGACCUGCGCAAGCUGGCAGUGAACAUGGUCCCCUUCCCCCGCCUGCACUUCUUCAUGCCCGGCUUUGCCCCGCUCACGGCCCAGGGCAGCCAGCAGUACCGGGCCCUCUCCGUGGCCGAGCUCACCCAGCAGAUGUUCGACGCCCGCAACACCAUGGCUGCCUGUGACCCCCGCCGUGGCCGCUACCUAACAGUAGCUUGCAUCUUCAGAGGCAAGAUGUCCACCAAGGAAGUGGACCAGCAGCUGCUCUCCGUGCAGACCAGGAACAGCAGCUGUUUUGUGGAGUGGAUUCCGAACAAUGUCAAGGUGGCUGUUUGCGACAUCCCGCCCCAGGGGCUGAGCAUGGCCGCCACCUUCAUUGGCAACAACACGGCCAUCCAAGAGAUCUUUAAUAGGGUCUCUGAGCAUUUCUCAGCCAUGUUCAAAAGGAAAGCUUUUGUGCACUGGUACACCAGUGAAGGGAUGGACAUAAACGAGUUUGGGGAAGCUGAAAGUAACAUCCAUGAUUUGGUGUCUGAGUACCAACAAUUUCAAGAUGCCAAAGCAGUUCUAGAGGAAAAUGAAGAGGUCACGGAGGAGGCAGAAAUAGAGCCAGAAGAUAAGGGACAUUAACUGUGAGAGAAGCUGUGCCACGGAGCCGCUUACAGAACAGUUUCUCAUUAGAUUAGUGUUUCUCCUGCAGCAUUCCAAAACCCAUUCUGCACUGCAGCACAGUGAAUGAUACGCACUCAUCAUUAGCUUCAACACAGGGACUGCGGGAGAUGGGGUGGGGAGCAGCUGAUAGGCAUUAGGGUCUUUGCUGACAUUUACUAACUUUGACGAGUUUGACAUUAAAUGCAUACUUAUUAACUUAAAAAUAUUGCAAAGUGUAAAGUGCUCCCUUUGUUUCAAAGUGUUCACUGGCUAUUUAUCAUAUGCCCCGUGCCAGGCAUCCAGACUACACGUGUGGAUCUACAGGAGCCACCGCAGCUGGUGUUAACUUUUUAAACUCAAGCAGCGCUGAUAAGCACCCUGGAAUCCUCACUUGGUAUCCGAGGGCUACGAAGACUCUUCCCUUAGGUUCUCUCCUCUGAGCAAACACUGCCUGGCAUCCUGCCUUCCUGUGCCUGCCAGCCUUCACAAGAGCCAGGUGCCUGACUAGUACAUGGGGAGCUACAGAGCCAAGGUCAGUGUAAGUCAACAUCCACUAGAAAUAAUCCAUGUUGUGUGGACCUGUGCACACAACCUGCUAACUGGAAAAGAGGAAAAAAGAAAAGCCACAGUCCUCCCUAGAAAAACACCUGGUCCAAACAUGAAAAACAAAAAGACAAGCAAAACUAAUCUGCAGCCUUCUGAUCUUUAUUUCUGAAGAGCUAGCUUUGAACAUGUAUGUUUAUAUAUUUUAAAUUUCUUAUUAGUGUUAGAUCCCAGGAACUCAUUAAUAAUCAUCCUUGGUUUUCCUUUUAAAGGCUCUUUUGAAGUGCUCUUUUCACUUUCAUUCAGUAAUCACCCCCCAAAAAGCUCGGCAGCCUCUUUGAGAAAGGGCACAGCAUCUGAUCAGCAACCAUUCAAAUGCAGGAAUGAAGCAGCAGCGGCUGCAGUGUCCUUCUCAGUUACGGAGGAGGACGUCGUCUCAUUAAGGAACUUUUACAGUUCAAAUUAAUUUGCAGAAGUUGCCAUAAAUGUUUGCAUGACACAGCUUUAACACGACAUGAUUUUAAUCUGCUCACAUUACAACAGGACCAAAUUCACAAGAGCGCAAUCAAAUCAACCAUAACUUCUUAAUUACAGUUUACCUAUUUCUGACAGGCAGCACUGCCAUCUCUUCCAGCACCAUCAGGGUUUUAAUGGCCCUCUAGAAAUACCACUGAGAUACACUAUUUGAUCCAUGGAUAACUGGUAAUGGGAAAAUGCUCCGACCCUCACUGCAGUAAACAUUUACUUGCAGGCAACUGGGUUUUCAUCUCUUGAUUUGCUUUUGUAAUCAGCAAUAAAAAAAUAGCAGGUGAAUGGAUGACAGUUGCUCAUUCUGAGAAACUUCACUCUUCUCACAUAUGCAUCAUGAGGAAAUAACUAAAGUACAUAUCAAGAGAAAAAUACCUUGCCAUUGGGAUCACCAACAAGUCUUCUAUUUACAAACUUCAAAAAACACAAAACCACCAUCAUAUUUUCAACACUUUCUACUUGUGGUUCAAGAAGCACUAGAUUUAGUAAGAAACUGCACCACUGCACCUAUGUACUUAGUUUGAAGUUAGUAACUUCCUGAGAUGCUAAAGACCUAUACCCUGCGAUUAUACAAGGAUUUACACAUGCUUCCUCUGGUGCUUUACUUCCCAAACCUAAAGGGGCAAUGAAAUAGAUGUAAGGAGAGAGGGAUUUAAACCUUUUAAACACUUGUGAUUUACAUUACAGUAAAGAUUUGUUUGCUCAAUAGUAAUCAUUAAAGUAUAAAAUAAUUUGGCAAAACUG